UUAAAAUUCUGGCUGUUCAACAGAAUGCAUCUGCUGCUGUUCAUUUCACUCUGCCUAAGUCUCUGUUCCUCUGUGCUGAGUGCAGCAGUAACACCUCCAUGUAGUGCUGUAUACAGGGGCUUUGCUGAAUGUCUGGUUACUCUGGGUGACAGUGUGAGCUUCAAUACUGAUAACCCACAGGACAUCAACUCCAUUUGCAAGUCAUGGGAUGCCUUCCAGGUGUGUGUCAGUAGUGUGCUGUCAGGUUGCCGUGGUGAUGCAGCAGAAAUCUGGGAAUCUUUGAGGGCAGAGUCCCGAAAAACAACAUUUGCUGGAAAUCUCUAUGACAUGUGUGCAGGACGUACUGAAGCAGUCACUGCAGCUACCACUCUUCAGAGUCUUCCCAGCACUGACCAAACCAACCAGGAAACCCUCAAAGGACUUGCUCAUUCUAUCAGCCACUCAGUUAGCACAGAGCUGCUCCUGACAUGCAUCUCUCUUCUCCUGCUUCUUCGGAUGCAGCCCAUCCCUUUUAUAUAGCAGGACUGAUGCCAUUGGCCAAUGACAGCUUUACAGGCAAAUAUCAUAGACUCUAUCAUGUAAUGCUAUUUAAAACCAAAAACAUAGGCCCUGUUCUUAUAAUAUAUUUUGACUAUAAAAUUCAGUAAUGUUUCGAUGCUAAUUGAAAAAAAAUAAAUAAAUAACAAAACUAAUUGUAUGGGUAUAAUUACUAAGGGGUUUCUCAUCUUGCACUCCUU